ACGGGAAACCGAACCCUCCACAGACCGAACCCCACGCGCACAGCAUAAAGCUAGGUCAGCUCAUCGCGCACGCGUCCAGGCUCCAACAGCGCGACGCAACCGACCCCACCGCCCCCUUUACGCGAAGCUUCACCGCGGAAUCUAAAACUCGCCGCUGAUCCGCGAGUCGUCCUCUUCGUCUUCGCUCGGCGAUCAAUCGAAGAGUGGGGAGGGAGAGAUGGCGGAGAAUCCGCAGCUGUUUGGGAACGGGAUGCCGGUGCCGUUCUACGGCGAGAUGUUCGUCCUCGCCCGGGACGGCGUCGAGUUCCACGUCGACAAGAUCCCGUCAGCUCCUGGCGGUCAUGUGAAAACAAAAGGCACAAUUUACCUGUCUAAUAUAAGGAUGGUGUUUGUUGCCAACAAGCCUGUUGGCAACUUCUUUGCUUUUGAUAUGCCACUGUUGUUUGUGCACGGUGAGAAGUUCAACCAGCCCAUAUUUCACUGCAACAACAUCUCUGGAUUCGUUGAACCAGUUGUUCCAGACAAUCAGAACAGGGCCCUGUACUCAACUCACACCUUCAAGAUCUUGUUCAAGGACGGCGGGUGUGGUACUUUUGUUCCUCUCUUCCUGAACCUGGUUGCAUCUGUGCGGCGCUACAACCAAUUUGAAGCCCAGUCUGCUGCUAACAUGGCACCGCGUGUGGACCCUCUGCAAGCUGCGCAGACUCCUGUUGAUGACAUGAUGCGUCAUGCGUACGUUGACCCAAAUGAUCCUACCAAGAUUUUCCUUCAGCAACCUGCGCCAGAAUCCCAGCUGAGGAGGAGAAACUACAGCGGCCCAGCUGAUGCGAAUUAGCGCUUGGUUGGAUUGGCAAAACUCAUGCUCAAUUAACUGUUGUGUCCAUUUGAGCAUCUCACCUACCCCUGCCGUUUAUCACAACUGACUUGCAUAUUUGGGUGUCCCCGUGUCUAGUGACCUUACAUCGUACAUAAUGUUGUGAGUUCUCUCAAUAAGUGAUGUACAUAAGCAGAGGCGUGUUCAAAUAUUAUUGCUGGAGUGAUAUAGUUGCUGCUUGGUCUAUUGGAUGUGGAUAUUGCUGAGGCAACAACUAUUGCUGAA